AUGUUUUUCAUCAAGGAUCUUUCGCUCAAUAUUACACUUCAUCCAUCAUUUUUCGGUCCACAUAUGAAGGAUUACCUGAAGACUAAGCUUUUGCAGGAGGUCGAGGGUUCCUGUACCGGUAAGUUUGGAUAUAUUCUCUGUGUACUCGACUAUGAUAAAAUUGAUAUCGAGCGUGGUAGAAUUCUUCCGACAGAUGGUUCAGCCGACUUCAUCGUCAGAUAUAGAGCUGUGGUCUUUAAACCAUUCAGAGGUGAAGUUGUCGAUGGAACUGUGGUCUCCUGUUCACAACAUGGUUUUGAAGUCCAAGUAGGACCUAUGAAAGUAUUUGUUACUAAGCAUUUGAUGCCACAAGAUUUGAUAUUCAAUGCGGGUUCAAAUCCGCCAUCUUACCAAAGUUCCGAGGAUGUGAUUACCAUCAAGAGCAGAAUUAGAGUUAAGAUCGAAGGUUGUAUAAGUCAAGUUAGCUCCAUCCAUGCUAUUGGUAGUAUCAAGGAGGAUUACUUGGGUGCUAUAUGA